CGCAUGCGCACACCAGGCCGCGGGGGGCUAAGGGCUCGGCCCGGAGCGGCUGCCGCUAGGUGGCGCAUGCGCCCUGGAGGGUGCGGGCUGGUCUCCGGGAAGAAGGCGGCGGCGGCGGCAGCGAAAGGCGGGGGCGCCGUGGGGGCCGGGCUGUGUUUACACAGCGGCGGGCGAGCGCGGACACAGAACCCGGCGCGGCGGCGGCACGAUGGUCAUGGCGCAUUUCGUCGAGAAUUUCUGGGGGGAGAAGAAUAGUGGCUUUGAUGUCCUUUACCAUAAUAUGAAGCAUGGACAGAUAUCGACAAAGGAACUGGCAGAUUUUGUAAGAGAAAGAGCUACGAUCGAAGAGGCAUACUCCAGGUCAAUGACAAAACUAGCAAAAUCUGCAAGCAAUUACUCACAACUUGGAACUUUUGCACCAGUGUGGGAUGUAUUCAAAACAUCUACGGAAAAAUUAGCAAAUUGUCAUUUGGAUCUUGUUAGAAAAUUGCAAGAAUUAAUAAAAGAAGUUCAGAAGUAUGGAGAAGAACAAGUAAAAUCUCAUAAAAAGACUAAAGAAGAGGUUGCAGGAACUCUGGAGGCUGUCCAAACCAUCCAGAGCAUAACUCAGGCUCUCCAGAAAUCCAAGGAAAAUUACAAUGCCAAGUGUGUAGAACAGGAACGUUUGAAAAAGGAAGGAGCUACACAAAGAGAAGUCGAUAAGGCAGCCGUUAAAUCUAAGAAAGCUACAGAUACCUAUAAACUCUAUGUGGAAAAAUAUGCAUUAGCAAAAGCUGAUUUUGAACAGAAAAUGACAGAAACAGCUCAGAAGUUUCAAGAUAUUGAAGAAACUCACCUCAUUCAUAUAAAGGAAAUUAUAGAAUCCUUGUCAAAUGCUAUAAAGGAAAUCCAUUUGCAAAUAGGCCAGGUUCAUGAAGAAUUUAUAAAUAACAUGGCUAAUACUACAGUUGAAAGCUUGAUACAAAAGUUUGCUGAGUCAAAAGGCACUGGGAAGGAAAGACCUGGAAUAAUUAAAAAGGAAAAGGAUGCAGAGUCUGUGGAGUGCCCUGAUGCAGAUUCACUUAACAUUCCUGAUGUAGAUGAAGAAGGCUAUAGUAUAAUUCCAGAAGCAAAUCAGAAUAAUACCAAAGAAAACCAUUUCUACUCAUCUAGUGAUUCUGAUUCAGAUGAUGAAGAACCAAAGAAGUUUCGGAUAGAAAUCAAACCUAUGCAUCCAAAUAACUCACAUCACACAAUGGCUUCUUUGGAUGAAUUAAAAGUAUCUAUAGGAAAUAUAACACUCUCCCCAGCAAUAUCUAGACACAGCCCAGUGCAGAUGAAUCGGAAUUCAUCUAGUGAAGAGUUAACAAAGUCAAGAUCUGCUGUGUCCAAUGAGAAAGGGACCAGUGAUUUACUUGCUUGGGACCCCCUGUUUGGACCAUCCCUUGAUUCAUCAUCUUCAGCUUCACUAACUUCAUCAUCAUCAGCCAGGCCCACAACUCCUCUUUCCGUAGGUACCAUUGUCCCACCUCCAAGGCCUGCUUCCAGACCAAAGCUUGCUUCUGGCAAACUCAGUGGAAUUAAUGAAAUACCCAGGCCAUUCAGUCCACCUGUAACUUCCAGUACCAGUCCACCUCCUGCUGCGCCUUUAGCCCGGGCAGAAAGUUCUUCCUCUAUUUCAUCUUCUGCUUCACUGAGUGCUGCCAAUACUCCAACAGUAGGUGUGUCACGAGGCCCCAGCCCUGUCAGCCUUGGAAAUCAGGAUACCUUACCUGUGGCAGUUGCUCUUACAGAAUCUGUUAAUGCCUACUUUAGAGGAGCAGAUCCCACCAAGUGUAUUGUGAAGAUCACUGGUGAUAUGACAAUAUCAUUUCCAAGUGGAAUUAUUAAAGUCUUCACUAGCAAUCCAUCUCCAGCUGUGCUGUGCUUCAGGGUGAAAAAUAUCAGCAGGCUAGAGCAAAUUCUUCCAAAUGCGCAACUUGUGUUUAGUGACCCAUCACAGUGUGAUUCUAACACAAAGGAUUUUUGGAUGAACAUGCAAGCUGUUACUAUCUACCUCAAGAAGCUAUCAGAGCAAAAUCCAGCUGCUUCUUAUUAUAAUGUAGAUGUGUUAAAGUAUCAGGUAUCAUCAAAUGGUAUUCACUCUACUCCUUUAAAUCUUGCAACAUACUGGAAAUGUACUACUGGCACUACAGACCUUAGAGUGGAUUACAAGUAUAACCCAGGAGCUAUGGCAGCCCCAAAUACGCUUUCCAAUAUACAGGUGGCUGUGCCAGUGGGUGGAGGAGUCACGAACAUGCAGUCCAUCCCACCUGCAAUAUGGAAUGCAGAACAGAUGAAAGCUUUCUGGAAAUUGUCUGGAAUUUCAGAAAAGUCAGAAAAUGGAGGAUCUGGAUCCCUCAGAGCAAAAUUUGAUCUUUCAGAAGGACCGAGUAAACCUGCAACACUUGCAGUGCAAUUCCUCAGUGAGGGAAGUACCCUCUCAGGAGUAGAUAUUGAACUUGUAGGCACUGGCUAUAGGCUGUCCUUACUAAAGAAGCGGUUUGCCACUGGACGGUACCUGGCUGAUUGUUGAUGAGCCUGAACGUGGUUGGUUCAAUGGGGGAUAGUACAAACCUGCCAUUCUGCAUCAUCUGUUUUUUCCCAAACACUAUUUUAACUUGUAUGUUUUUGAAAUAGACAUGUGUAAGAGAGGUGACUACAAACACUGAAUUGCACUUUUGAAGUGAGUCAUCAGAUAGCACUGAAAUGUUCAGAAAGUACAUUUACUCACAUUCUCAGUAAAAUGAAGUUUUCAUAAGCUGAAAUUUUAAAUUAUUUUCAGUGUCUGUUAAAAGGGGUAUAGUAUGAUAUCAGGCCUAAAAUUUCAGGAGAGCAAGCACAAAAUUUAGCUUUCCAUAAAUUUUGGAAUUAGCUUUAGAUACAAGUAGGACAUGAAUUCUAAGUUUUAGAUAAUGUUAACUUAGAAAUAAUCAGAAUGAAUAACGUGCCAUGAAAGUAAUCAGCAGUGCCCAAGUUGUAUGCAAAAAAAUUUGAAUCCUAUAUAAGCAAAGUGUAAAUGGUGUUUUAUAGUCUAAAAAUUCUCAAGUGCAAUGUGUUUUAAAAUAAGCUUGCAAAAAAGACAGCAGAGAAAUUUACUUCUGCAGUUUAUAGAAGUGAUUGUUUUUGAUGAAUUAAUGCUGUAGAAUUAAUUUAUUUUUAUAUGAAUUGCAUAAUGUGUGCCUUUUAAAACAAUAACAAAAACCAGAGAUGUGCCUAUCCAAUUUGUGUUCAUUAAUGUGCCUCAUUUUUUCUCAGUCUGUAUCGUCUGUUUAGAAUCUUUUGACUACAGUUAGAAUUCAGAAUAACAAAAAGAUAAUUUACUUACCAACCUUGGUUUACUUCUUUAGUGAUUACACUGUAGACACUAGAAAAAAAUAUACCUAAUGGGGGAAAAAUACCUUUAGAUAUUCAACUUCAUCAAAAGUAUGUCAAAUUCUGAAAAACUAUAAUGGUAAAUUGAUAACUGGUAUUUUAACUCAAUAUUUCCUUUCACUGUUUAUCACUGGAAAUGUAGACACUUAUUGAAUAUCUUGUGUGAGGAAUACAUUUUUGAAAAGAUUAAUUUUGCCAUUAGAAGUACAUUUUGUUUUGGUUUCUAAAAAUUGAGAUUUGAAGUUUGAAUUGGGUAAAAGUUAAUUUUAGCAUAAUUAACUAAAGGCAUUAUUUGAGAGUUUUAUAAUUUUCAAAUGGGAGUUUUAUUUAUAAAUACCCCUAUCUUACAUUUUUGCAUACAAAUGACAAUUUUGUGUUAUAUAUAGUAAUUUAUAUAAAACCACUAAUCUGUUAAGCUUUACAGAAAAUCCCCCCUAUUAGACAUUUAUAUAACAUCUUGCUUUUCCUAGAUGCAGCGGAUUAUUCAUUAGCAGUAUAUAUAAGACAAUGUGCUUUUUAUGUAUUCACUGUUAUCCAAUUCUAAAUUUAGAUUUGAUUUCAGCAACACAUAAUUUGUUAGAAUAUUCAUUUUUACUAAAUAAUAAAAUUAGAAUGCCUAACUCAUAUGUUGUGCUCUUUUAUAUGCCAAUUACAGCCCCUUACUGGAAUCUUAACUGAAACUGCUUUUACUGGGCAGUUAAUAUUUUAUUAUUGGAAUUCAGACACCAUUAUAUUCACCAUGUUUGUUUUUAAUCAAGUAUUACCUUAAAAAUAUGUAUGAAAUUAGUGAAAUGGUUAAACUUCUGCACUUUCUUAUUUACCAGUCUUUAUACCUUUAUACAAAGUGUUGAUAAAUUUGGGUGCAGGUUACAAUUUUGAAGCCAUAUGAGUUUAUACUGAUUUUUUUUCCAUUUAAAAAUCCACUAAUGGUGUAAAAAAAACAGAUUUUCAAUGGGAAAUGUAUUUUAGCAAGCUGGUUCUUGCAUAUGUAUAGUGAUAAACUUUGUAGCCUUUAACUAAGACUUUGUAAACACAGAACUCUAACAAAUGUGAGUUUUUAAGAAUUGUUAUUUACUACUUUGAGUAAAUCUAUCUUACAAAAUUUUGUAAAUAUUUUUGAUUUUUUCAUAAAUGUAAAUUUUACAUAA